AUGGAGAGUGCAGUAUACGUAGUCGAUGUGAUUGACUUGAAACAUCCUGCAGGAAAGCCUCACCAUGUAGAAAGUCGUAUACGUACUAGAAGUGGCUCGGAUCCAACCUACAUGUCCAAUAUCAGCCAACGGCACCAUGAAAUUAUCGAAGCUCGCAAGCUCAAGCUUAAACGCCGCCACUCGCACAUAAACCGUAUCCGCACUGCCAACUCUGCCAAAUACGCUCAGGAAAUCGAAAAGAAGGCUGUUGCCCUGGAAGCUAAAUUACGUCUCUCCGAUCAACGUCGUCAAAAGCUGGUUCGAACACCACGAUCGCGAUGGAUUUCAGAAAGUAACUUGUUUGAUCGGGAAGUAGUUCGUGGGCAGGCUGCCAAGACGUUACAGUCUGCUUGGAGGAAGUAUAAGCAAGCACCCUCCGUCAAGGCUUUUGUCAAACAUGGGAUAUCGCUUCAGCAUUCAUCUGCCACUUCGUUUGACAAGCUAGUCAAAAUCGUGCAGUCCGACGCCUUAAUUAAAGCAACCACCAGACUCCUUAUGCGGCUACGAAAAUCUCGGGAUGUGCCAGUCUCAACCAAGAAUAUGGCCCGAGUGUUUUUAUCCUCGUAUAUGAUAUCUGCCCAUCCUUCUGAGAUAUUGACUCGUAUGGGCUCUGAAGAGCUUGGAUUGAAGGAAUUGGCGGAUUCCAUGUUGCGCAAGUUUGAAGCUUGGGUUGCUGGGUAUGCUGUUGAAGGGUCAUAUACUCGCUUACAGGCCUUCUUGCCUGCUUGGGAAGCCUACCAUAGUGCUUUUGAGGCUUGGAAGAACAAGGACACGGAUAAGAUUAUUGAUAGUAUGAUUGCGCAUUGGAUUGAGUUGGAGAAACUUUGGUUGUCUGUCAAGGACAAUGCUGGUGCAGAACUAGAAUGGCGUCCCCGUGUUGACGAACAACAACGUCAAAUCCACGACCGUCUGUCUCGCUUUGGUCGUCCAGCUCUCCUCAAACUAGCCGACGAAGCUCGCCGUGUACGUGCCGAAUUCGGUCUAUUAGAAGACUCUGACGACGAAGACCCCAAAUCCGAAAACGCAAACCACACUGACGACACUAGUGAACCAGCCAUGUUUGCCACCGAUGAAGAAUCCGAUGCCUCCCAGAAGGAAUCGCCCAAACGCCGCAAACCAUCCCGUCGUGAACAGCAAGUCGUAGAAGAAGAUACUUCCAUGCCUCAAUUAUCAACUUCGCCUGAACGAUUCCCUGGACUGGCUACAUCGCCCAAAAUUGACUCGGUUCGUAUUCCAUCUCGUGCUUCGCCAUCGUCUCGAUCAUCUUCACCUGCUCCAUCUCCACCACUGCCAUCUACUACAUUCAACAAGAUGCCUUUACAGCUAAAACCUUCCCCACUUGCCCAAAAUGCUACUCUCAGUCCUCAAGAAGGUGGCAGUCCAGUUGCAAGCUUGAUUGACAAUACUCAGCCACAAGUAGACAUUGAGAAAAUGGUUGGUGGAUUUGGUGGUGAAUUGACUAACGAGGGUUUAGCUCAUGAGUUGGUUAUGGAUCCUGAAUUCGAGUUACGACCUGCUAAACGAUCUCCACUUGAAGAACAAGUGCGAAGUAUUGCCAAGAAGGCAUUCUUUGAUGCUGUGCGUAAGAGCCCUAAGGAACAUAUGCUCCUUUCCAUGGUGUCUGAAACGGGUCAUAUUGCUACCGAAAUCAAGGAAAAACUUGACUUGGAAAUGAUUCAGCAACAAAUAUCCAAGGAUAUCUUUGACUUGGCUGGAUGUAUAAAGUACAUUUUGAGCAAGAUGGCACAACUCUGUGCUCCCAUCCGUGAUGCUGCUAUUCGAACAUUAGCUCAAAUUGAAGACCCAGUACAUGCGUUUGAACAAAUUCUUAACGUCUUGGAAGAAAUGAAGUUGGACUUAGCCAACUACCGACUACAAGCUCUCCGACCCCACCUCGCCCAGCAAGCGGUCGAAUACGAACGAGCCAAGUUUGACGAUGCUCUCACCAAGGGAUCCAUCUCUCUAGAAAAGACCACCACAUGGUUGGAAACUUCCGCUAAAUCUCUCCAAGAAGUGCUGAAUGCCAGGGACAAGGAAGGUAUAUCUCACCCCGAAAACCGUGUCCGUUUCGAAGACGUCUACCACGACGCUCUCCUAUCACUUAUAUUCAACAACACUACGUUGCUGACUCGUGACAAGGUCCCCGAAACGCUGCUUUUGGACGCCGAUAGAUUAUGCCGUAUGCAGAACGAAGCCCAAGCAAUCAUCAUCGUAGCCAGUUUAAUCAUGCUCUCACGUAACGCAGCCGGUGAAUUACGAGGUGAUAAAGCUGCCAUGACCCAACUCAAAGAAACCCUAUUCGUGCUCCUGGAGGAUGGAGAAUCAACCGUCGAUCAUCUCGCCGCUCAAAUCGUACAGGCCGUAUCAACCGCACUCGGCAAAAACAACAAGGAGCUUGAAGAGGCUCAAAUCACGUUGAUCAAAACCAUGGUUGAAAAGACACUGUCUCAUAAAGAUGCUGUGUUUACCCUGCUCUCUCGUCGUGCGCAUACUGCCAUCAAGCAACAGUUGGUGUCGUCACAUUUUAAAAGGGAUGCGCUGACUUCUGCUGGUCUGGACUUGGUUGGCAAGGAGCUGGAGGAUUUGUCGAGGAAGGUGUAUUUGUUGGCCAAGCAUAAUAAGGAGGUGCAUGCUAAACAUUAUGAUGAUAUACUUAAGAAGGCUUUGUUUUAA